UACAAUUUCAAAAAUCCUCUUUCCCCUUUAAAGAACUAGUGGUUAUGGCUCAAUUUUCAAGCACUGACAACCUUCAACAACGCACCCAGAACCAACCCAAACGCGAACACCCAAUUGCUCCGAGUCCAACGGUCUAAAACCCGUGCCCCCAGUUAGGUUUUGAGUCUAUGUCUGAUAUAGACAGCAGGGUCUUUCAAAAUGACUAAUAACAGCCAGCAGACCACUUGUGGAGAUCCGGGUCGGGAACCGGUUUCGAUUCAAAAUCUGUCAGCUACGUGAAGGAGAGAAUUCCCAGGUGCAUGAACUUCAAGUUGUUAGUGUCAUCCAGAUUGUGAAGAAGCCCAAGGUUUUGAUUUGGACUCAGAAGUACCCAACCACCAGAACAAUUCAAGUCUGGUCGAAAUCAGUCAGGUAUUCAUCUGUCUCCGUAUCUUCACCAGUUGAGCAUGGAAAUGGAAAUGGAAAUAGACUUGCUUUUCAAUUUGGGGAAUGUUGAAAAUUUUGAUCCUGAGCCCGACUAUGUGAAUUAUCUAUCUAAUAUUUAUCUUAGAAACGACAACGAGUCGUCUAGCGAUUUUCGAGAAAACGAGGUUGUGGUCAAUGGAAGUUGUCCGGCUGCAAGUAGUGUAGUGGAAAGGCUUGUGGAGGUUAAGAUUGGAAUAGAAAAUGAUGGGUUUUGCUGUAUAGUUUGUAUUGAGGAAUUUGAAGAAGGGGAGAUAGUGAAAGGGUUGCCUUGCUUGCAUUAUUACCAUGGGGAUUGCAUUAUCCCAUGGUUGAGAAUAAGGGCUACUUGUCCGCUUUGUCGGUGCGAGUUACCUACAGAUGGUGAGGCGGAUGAGAGGAGUCAGGGUGGUUCAGCUGCCGCUGCUGCUGGUGGUGGCAGCGGUUAGAUUAGUACUACUAUUUACAUUUUUUUUAGAUGUUUAUUUAAAUGAAGCUUAGUUGUUAUGAUGGCGGAGGUAUCCUUUAUAUGUAAAAGUUUCUGUAAGAAGAUUUAUAUAAAUUUCCAUUCUGAAUAUGUAAGGCAGAAAAAAAAAAAGAUUUAUAUAAAUUUCUCUGCAGGUUAUCUCGGGUGAUUGAA